GGGUGGUAACGCUUAAAAGUAAUCCGCUCCACCAAAACAAAAGAAGGGUAGAACGAAAAUGAAAUUCAAAGUGAUGUGGCGUUUGAGAACCAAACGGAGAAAUGCAGUUAUCAUUCUCUUAGCAAUUGUCACUUUGCUUCUAAUGUAUCCAUAUCCUCGUCAUUGUCCCUAUUUUAAUCUGACGUGUAAGAGUGAGCUAUAUAAUUUAAUGUGGGAGACUUACGGCAAAGAGUGGUCGACUUUAGUUCCACCACCUGGUCUAGAAUGCACAACAGAAUACGUCAACGCUAAUCGGCUGCAACAGGAUCAUCCGUGUGUCAUUAAACUGAUCCGGAGUCGAUACUUGUACCAGCCAUCAUUACCAGAUGUUUCUCUCAAUCUGUCUCGUCCGUUGGUGGCAGAUCCGUCGUCUGGUCAAUCCAAAGUAGUUCUAGCUCACCUCCACAAUCAAAUUGGAGGAUUCUUUGUCGAGUGCGGAGCUUUUGAUGGGGAAGAAGGUAGUAAUUCACUUUUCAUGGAGCGUCAACUCAAAUGGAAUGGAAUCCUCAUCGAGCCAGACCGAAAAUCCUUUGGCAAAUUGCUAUCCAAACGACGCCAUGCCUGGGCUUUACCCGUUUGCCUUUCUACGGAGCCCUUUCCUACCAAAGUCUCUUUCGAGUCCGACUACCAAGCAGGAAAAAUAUACCGACAAGAUAAUGAAAAGCAAAUGAAGCUAGAGGCCGAAAGACUAAAAAAGUACGGCAUUGGACUAAUCGACGUCCAGUGUUUCCCUUUCUACUCGAUUCUGUUGGCGGUCGGACGGACCCAAGUCGACUAUUUUAGCUUGGACGUCGAAGGCGCCGAAAGUCAAGUUCUGGCCAAUGUGCCCUGGCAUCUUGUCGAUGUUAAGACCUUAACGGUUGAGAUUACGUCGCAAAACCAAACAGUGCUGAAUCAAGUAGCCAAUCACAUGAUGGCCAAUGGAUACGACAACAAAGAACUGAUGAAAGGACAAGGAUUUUAUGACCUGGUAUUCGUUAAACGAGGGUGAGAGUUUCAAGUCUUAGCUUAUUGUAAUCAAAUUAAAGCUUUCUUUUG